GCCUAGAUACAAACGGGUUUCGCCUCCUCGCUCGCUCCCCGGCCUCCCGGGCUCCUCUAUGUUUGAUUCAUUUUUCACGUCUGGCACCGGUGGAAAAUAAAAAAGCUAUUUGAAUGUACAGCAUGAUGAUGGAGACGGACUUGCACUCCCCUGGCGGAGCCCAGGCCCCCACGAACCUCUCGGGGCAGACCGGAGCGGGAGGCGGCGGAGGAGGCGGCGGCGGCGGGGGAAACAAAGCGAACCAGGACCGGGUCAAGAGACCUAUGAACGCCUUCAUGGUGUGGUCGCGGGGCCAGCGGCGGAAGAUGGCCCAGGAGAACCCCAAAAUGCACAACUCGGAGAUCAGCAAGCGCCUGGGGGCCGAGUGGAAAGUCAUGUCGGAGGCCGAGAAGAGACCGUUCAUCGACGAGGCGAAGCGGCUGCGAGCGCUGCACAUGAAGGAGCACCCGGAUUAUAAAUACCGGCCCCGGCGGAAGACCAAGACCCUGCUCAAGAAGGACAAGUACUCGCUGGCCGGGGGGCUGCUGAGCGCCGGCUCGGCCGGGGGAGGCCCGGCCGGCGUCGGCGUGGGCAUGGGCGUCGGCGUCAGCCCGGGCGGCGUCGGGCAGCGGCUGGAGAGCCCCGGCGGCACGGCCAGCGGCGGCUACGCGCACAUGAACGGCUGGGCCAACGGCGCCUACCCGGGCUCGGUGGCGGCGGCGGCGGCGGCGGCGGCGAUGAUGCAGGAGGCGCAGCUCGCCUACAGCCAGCACCCCGGCAGCGGGGGGCACCCGCACCACCCGCACCCGCACCACCCGCACCACCCGCACAACCCGCAGCCCAUGCACCGCUACGACAUGGGUGCCCUGCAGUACAGCCCCAUCUCCAACUCGCAGGGCUACAUGAGCGCCUCGCCCUCGGGCUACGGCGCCCUGCCCUACGGCUCCCAGCCCCACCAGAACUCGGCGGCGGCGGCGGCGGCGGCGGCAGCGGCGGCGGCCGCCUCCUCGGGCGCGCUGGGCGCCCUGGGCUCGCUGGUGAAGUCGGAGCCCAGCGUGAGCCCGCCCGUCACCUCUCACUCGCGGGCCCCGUGCCCCGGGGACCUGCGGGAGAUGAUCAGCAUGUACUUACCGGCCGGGGAAGGCGGGGAUCCGGCGGCCGCUGCCGCCCAGAGCCGGCUCCACUCCCUGCCCCAGCACUACCAGAGCGCCAGCACGGGGGUGAACGGCACCGUUCCCUUGACGCAUAUCUGAGCCCCGCCAGCACCGGAGCGCCGGAGCAGGCACGGACGCGGGCACCGGCUCGGCCGCCGCCCCGGCCCCGGGCCGGCCUGCAGGACUGCGCGCCCCGCCGCUGCCGCCGCACGCUCAGCCCCGGCCCCGCGCCGCUCCUGCCCCGCUCCCAGGUUCCCCCCUCUUAUUUUUGCCUCUCGCGCCCCUUCCCUCCCGCCCUCCCCGCCUCUCUCCUUUUUUUUUUUUCUUCCUUCCUUUUUGUACAGAAAUGUUUUGAUGUUCUUGUAAUAAUAAUAAUAAAUAAUAAUAAUAAUAACGAGAGAGAAAAAAGGUAACGGUUGCUUUACUUACCUUUUUUUUUUUAGAAGGACUAGUUUAUGAAACUAGUUUUAGACUGAACUUCUGUGUUUUAUCGAGACUUUUUGUACAGUAUUUAUCAUACACCCAAGAGACAUAGAGCGUUUAUUUGCAAAAGAGGAGAAAGAGAGCAAGGGGGGAAAGUGCGGCGAAAAGAAAAAAUAUCAAUAAUAAACACACAAAGUUGUAGGUGAUGCCAACUUUUAUACCGCGCGGAACCGCUACGAUUUCAGUCACGGAUCGCUUCUUGCGAAGAUUUUUUUAUUGACUAAUUAACUCGAAGUUGAUGAGGCAACAGUUCUCAUUUAUUACUCAUGUACUAAGACAAAUCCAAAAGAACACUUAAAAGUUUUUGUAGAUAUUCUCGAGGGCUUUUCGGGUUGGGUUUUUUUUUAGUUACUUGUUUGUUUAUUUAUAAUUUUUUGUUGUUGUUGUUUUGUUUUGGAAGCUCCAUUUUUUUUUCCGGGGUUCGUAAAACUUUAUUGUAUCUGGAUAUUUUUGUUUGUUUGUUUCUCUUUGAUUUUUGUUUUCUUUUUGUAUCAUUUCUUGUAAAUGCAUUGUGAAAUAAUUUUUAUUUAGGCGGCACGAAGGAAAUCAGAUUGUGUAUAUAGUUUACUAAAAAGCCUUUCUGCUAAACAGAAAUCCUAAGGAUGCGGUCCUCUUUUUUUCUGUUUUGAUUAAAUAAAUUUCAAAGCGGAAAAAGUCACCUGUAUGAAAAGAAAAGCUAACUGGCAAACAUAGUGGUGUUUACCCUGGUAAGCCUGGAAACACAGCAGGGAAACAGAUUUUGGGAAGGAAGUUUUAAGCAGCAGCGGCCAACAGAAUGAAGUGCAAUCUGCAGUAAAUGUCGAUGUUCCCUAACCUGUGUAAAUCAGAAGGGGUGAAGGUAGAUUUAUUUUAAUACUCGUUCCUUGCUCCAAGGGAAGGCAGUUUAUUGCGUUACUCUUCUAGCCGUGACCGUUCAUUUUGUGGAUUUUAGGGCUGGACUGGUGGUCCGGACCUUGCCGGAGCCUUGACUUUUCCCCUGGGGGGUGACCGGGCGCUGCCCGCCCCUCUCGGCCGGGCCCCCCCUCGGCCGGGAGUUCCCGGCGGCUCGGGGACAGCCACGGCCCCGGGAGCCGGGGGGACACCGGCCAGCGCGGCGCUUCCCCCUAACUAACACCAUGGAAAGUGAAAGGGCUUCUUUUUGCGCGCCCCGAAAAGAGAAGCGACCU